UCGAACAGUGCGCUUCGUGCAAACGAAAAAACGAUCCUAAAUUGUACCGUAUUAAGUGAACGCGAAAAAGUUGAGCUCAAACGAUACCUUAACGAGUAGCUAAUACUUUGCUCGUGUUUCCAAACACACACCCGCCAAUCAGAACCGAAAAAAGAGUGUGUUAUUGUUGCGAAGAAGUGCGUUCAUCAAAAUGGGCUGGGGGUUUGUUACUUGCGGACCGAACGAGGCGCUGGUAGUAUCAGGAUGCUGCCAUAUGAAGCCGUUGCUGGUGCCUGGUGGAAGAGCAUUCGUAUGGCCAUCGAUUCAACAAGUGCAGAGAAUCUCGCUCAACACCAUGACACUGCAGGUGGAAAGCCCAACUGUCUACACGAGCCAGGGUGUGCCUAUCUCCGUAACUGGCAUCGCGCAAGUUAAGAUUCAGGGCCAGAACGAGGACAUGCUGCUGACGGCAUGCGAGCAGUUCCUCGGCAAAUCGGAGGCGGAAAUUCAGCAUAUUGCGUUGGUCACGCUCGAGGGUCACCAGCGAGCCAUCAUGGGCUCGAUGACGGUCGAGGAGAUCUACAAGGAUCGUAAGAAGUUCUCGAAGCAGGUGUUCGAGGUUGCCUCAUCCGAUCUGGUCAACAUGGGUAUUACCGUUGUGUCGUACACGCUCAAGGAUAUCCGCGACGAAGAGUACAAACCCGGUCCCUCGGGCACGAAGGCUGGCAAUGGGGGAUAUCUGAAAAGUCUGGGUAUGGCUCGUACGGCUGAGGUGAAGAGGGAUGCCCGUAUUGGCGAGGCGGAGGCACGCUGCGAUGCGACCAUCAAGGAGGCAAUCGCUGAGGAGCAGCGAAUGGCGGCGCGCUUCCUGAACGACACCGAGAUCGCGAAGGCGCAGCGCGACUUUGAGCUGAAGAAGGCCGUCUACGACGUGGAGGUGCAGACUAAGAAGGCCGAAGCGGAGAUGGCCUAUGAGCUGCAGGCAGCCAAGACCAAGCAGCGCAUCAAGGAGGAACAGAUGCAGAUCAAGGUGGUCGAGCGCACCCAGGAGAUUGCCGUGCAGGAGCAGGAAAUGCAGCGUCGCGAACGCGAGCUGGAAGCGACCAUUCGCCGACCGGCCGAGGCCGAGAAGUUCCGGCUGGAAAAGCUGGCCGAAGCGAACAAACUGCGCGUUAUUCUUGAGGCGGAGGCCGAAGCUGAGGCGAUAAAGGUACGUGGUGAGGCCGAAGCAUUCGCCAUUGCCGCCAAAUCGAAGGCCGAAGCGGAGCAGAUGGCAAAGAAGGCGGAAGCCUGGCGCGAAUACCGCGAGGCAGCAAUGGUGGACAUGUUGCUGGACACAUUGCCAAAGGUUGCCGCGGAAGUCGCCGCACCACUGUCGCAGGCGAAGAAGAUUACGAUGGUUUCGAGCGGCAACGGUGAGGUCGGAGCAGUGAAGCUGACCGGCGAGGUGUUGCAGAUCGUGAACAAAAUCCCGGAGCUGGUCAAAUCGAUCACCGGUGUUGAUAUUUCGCGGUCCGUUCAUGCCGGUUAAACUCGAAGAAACGAUAUGUCACGCGUCAAGCUGUUAACUUUCACACUUCCCCCCCGCAAGAACGAAGGAGGCCAAGAUGUAGUUAAAACAUUUAAAAGAAGUGUCCCGUGUACAGCAUCAACGAUCGAUCGACCGAACAUCCAGCAGCCCAAAUAAGAGCGUCGGAAAAGGCGUAAGAAAGCGUUAAUCUGUCGUUCCGGUUCGAAUCCGUGUAACUUGUUUUUGAACGAACAAGCCCUCACACUACCAAGCAGGAAAGAAUACUCAAUUCUUAGUCCCAUGUUCCACUGAAAACCAUUUAAUCGUAGAUAUGCAAGCAAGAGCAAGGGGGAAAGCAACUUCGAAGCCCUGUUCCAAAUUGGCAGAACGGUGCAUUUCGUACGAUAUUUUCCAUCUACUUGUGGCCAAGAGCAAAACAUGUGUAGAACAGCCGUUACGUACGUGUUUGGUUUGAUUAUAAAUCAUAAUUUUAUAUUUGUUUCAUUGUAUGCUGUUGAUUUCCGUUGUUGUUUUGUCCUCAAAUAGGAUAAAUUUAGUUAUAUUGUUUACUUACAUGAAACACGUUCAAACAAAAUUAUUAAAAAUACAUCAGAUAUGCUAACCAACUCCUCCGGUUGAUGCCAAUUAUUCAAGUUGUGUGUUAUCAAGUACAAGAGAACUCUUCACUACAUUCAGCCUCAUUUUCUAGUCACUGCCGCAGAUUUCAAAAAGGUUCGAUUUUCGAUGUGCACAAUACCCAUGUUAUCAUUGCAAUAGUUGUUAUUGAACUACGCCAACAGCGAAACCGAUCUGUUGGUAGAAUAAAUUUUCCAGUCUCUCCUACGUGUCAUAUGGUAAUGAGUAAUCUAUCGACGUAACGAAGCGCCAGUUAUUAAGAAAACACACAAACAUGUCUCGAGUAUUCAACUGCAUCCUAAACAUCGGUAUUUUUACCAAAAAUACUAAACUUUACAAAGAACCAAAUGUAGAACAUCUAUAAUAACAAAAAUAUAUAUCCAUCCAUUUAUGUAAGCCAAUAAAAACGUUCUUUCAUCGCAAAUGCUACGUUGGAAUGAACGCAACAGUCGAACGUUGCUUCAUUCUUUGGAUAACUUUUUGAAAUUCGGAAUGCCACCAUCUAAAUAUAUUGCGGAUCCUUUCUCCUAUUACUUUAAUGAUUGUUGCGUAAUAAAAGUAAAUACAAUUUCUAUUUAUCUCGAUGCUUUUACUCCAAACACACAGCAGUUUUCGUGCAAGGAUGAACGAACGAUUUUGUAUGGGAAACGUGCUUUAAAACAAACAUCAAUUAUAUAAAAAAAUACCCUUGAAUGAACAAGCGAACUAUAUUUUUCACGGUGAAGGAAUACAUUUAAUGAAACGAUAAGAAAAUGGGUGGCUUAAAAUUAUGCAAGUUUAUAAUCUUAGAUGAAAUCAGAAGUGUUUACACAUGGGUAUGCAAAACGAUACAUAUAUUUUGUAACAGAAUAUCCUUUUGAUAAACUUGUGUUGAUUAUCAAGAAAUAAGGUGGAAACAACAAACAAUAUUUUAAUUGUUACUACACGAUACUGCUAACAUAAAACAAAACAGAUCCUGUUAAUAGUGAUUUCAAUGUACGGUAGAAUCACAAGAGGCGAAGACAGAAACAAAAACAUUGCAAUACCAACGAUGGUCUUCAUUCAGUUCAACAUAAUCCAUAGAGGCGAAAGAGCACACUAUACCGGACCCUGUGUUUGCAUUUAAAUUGUAUCUUAUAAUCAGCAGUGUAAUGUAUCUUUUUUUAAAUGAAUAAAUGUGUUCCGUCA